CACCCCUCCCCGCCGUCCAUUCAGACCAGCACCGCCGAGCAGCGGGACACGUACGAAGCGCCCGUAGCGCACGGUCCCAGAAAGCUCCGUUAAACCGAGGUGUUCGGGAGACGGAGGAGCCGAGCGACGACCCCCCUCCCCCCCUCCCUGGAAGGCGGCAGGACGACUAAAUUAUACAAGACAAACAAAAAGCAGUCAAAGAGAGGAGUAAAAAGCUGAUGUUCUCCUGGCCCAGGACGUGACGGCGGAUCCGCAGCCAUGAGUCUGCGCUGCAGAGUGAACUUCAACACGAUGAUUUUCCUGGUGGUCCUGCAGGGAGUAGCAGUGGUGAUGUUCUGCAACUGGUACAUUCAGAUAAGCCCCUGUGACUCCGCUCCCCCCAAAGGCAAGGUUCACGUGUUGCUGCUGUCGUCGUGGCGGUCGGGCUCCUCCUUCCUGGGUCAGGUCUUCAGUCAGCACCCGUCUGUUUUCUACCUCAUGGAGCCCGCCUGGCACGUGUGGACCAAGGUGCAGAAACCCGGGGCGCGAGUCCUCCGGAUGGCCGUGCGGGAUCUGAUGCGGAGCGUGUACCAGUGCGACUUCUCGGUGAUGGACGCCUACAUGCCCGAGAACUACAACGUUUCCAACCUGUUCAUGUGGUACCAGAGUCGGGCGCUGUGCUCGCCUCCAGCCUGCUCGGUCACACCGCGCAGCCAGAUGAGCAACGAGACCCAGUGCCAGAAGAAAUGUGACGCUCAAGGUUUGGAGAAGGUGGAGGAGGCCUGUCACGCUUACAGCCACGUGGUUCUAAAAGAAACCCGCUUUUUUGAGCUGGAAUCCCUUUAUCCGCUUCUGCAAGACCCCAGCCUGGACCUGCGCAUCGUUCACCUUGUUCGAGACCCGCGGGCCGUGAUGCGGUCCAGAGAGGAAUCGGCCAAAGCCUUUGACCGGGACAACGCCGUCGUCCUGGAGCAGAGGAACGUGCCCGCAGGCAACGUGCAGUACGAGGUCAUGCAGGAGAUCUGCAGGAGCCACGUGCGGAUCAACGAGAGAGCGAUACUGAAGCCUCCUCCGUUCCUGAGAGGUCGCUACAAAAUGAUCCGCUAUGAAGACGUGGCGCGCAACCCGCUGAAGGAGAUCGGUGACAUCUAUGACUUUGUGGGUUUAGAGAUGACCAGUGAGAUGGAGGAAUGGAUCUACAGGGUGACCCACGGACAGGGCAAAGGCAGCAGGAAGGAGGCUUUUCAGAUCACCUCUAGGAACGCCGCCAAAGUCUCGCAGGCGUGGCGCACCAUGCUGCCCUACAACAAGGUCAAACGCGUUCAGGACGUUUGCAAAGGGGCCAUGUCGCUGCUCGGCUACAGGACGGUGGACAGCGAUAAGGAGCAGAAGAGGCUCGAUAUCGAUCUGCUCGUUCCACGAGUGCCGUAUGAGUUCAGCUGGGUUCCAGCUAAAACUCAGCCAGAUGUGCGCAGUUAGGACAUCUUCACGGAUCCGCCUCCCGUUUCAGCUCCUCUCACAGGCCGCAAGCUCGGACGGUCCGUCGCAGGCGGCCCGCAAACAUGGCGGCCCUGAUAUUAACGCACGGCUUUCUGGGACGCACACGCCUCACGCUGUGCGUUUUCAAAAUCUGAGGAGAAGUAUAAGCUAUUGUGAAUGCCGGUGUAGUUUGUCAGUGGAGGAAAAGGCUCGGCAGCAGAUCUGGUUGAAUUUACAGACAUAUAGCCUAGUUCUUGAAAGCCUCUCUAAACAAAUGAUUAGAUUUGUCCCAACUGGAGCCAGGGAAAGUUCAAACACGUUUAUCUCUGUGACUUUUUAAUUACUUUUUAAAACCAGUGAAGUUUCUGCUAAGCAGCAUGAUCAUACUGAGAGAACACGUUUGUCUGAUGGAUCUACAGAGCCUUAUGAAUAUAAACAUAACCCGUCAAGUUUUUUUUUUUAAUAUAUAUAUUUUGUCCCUUAACAACAAACUUUUACCAAUUUUAUCGGGAUUCUUUGUGAUGCAACAACACAAAGUACUGCUGAGUUAAGUGGAAGGAAAAUUAUGCAAGAUUUUCUACAUUUUCUGCAAAGAAAAAUCUUUGAACUGUGACUAGCAAAUGUAUCCGGGUCUCAAAUGUCAUGCUCUGUUGCCAUAGCUUCUGAUUGUCAAUUGUUUUGAUCUAAAAACAUUCCCCCAUAGCUCUGGCUGCCUGUUUAAGGGUCGUUGUCCUGUUUGAAGGUAAAGGCUUUUCCAGCAGGUUUUCUCCCGGUUUACCCGUAUUUAGCUCCAUCCAUCCUCCUGUAGAAAAAGAUACUCACUGCCACCACGUUUCACAGUGAUGAAUGUAGGUUUAGCUGUGUUACUUUUCUAAACAGACACUGUUUUGCAUGUAGAGCAAGACCAGAGCACCUUUUUUCUUCACAUUUGCUGUGUCAACCACAUUUUAUACUCUCUUCUAGAGAAGCCAGACUUCAGUUUAGGUGGACGGCUACAUCUAGGCAAGUUUGUAGUUGUGCCAAACUCUUUUUAGUUCUUAAUAAGAUAUUCAAAGCUUGAGAUGUUGUUUUAUAACCUAACUUUGCUUUAACGUCCCCACAACCUUCUUCCAGACCUGUCUGCUGUGUUCUGUGGUCUUCAUGAUGAUGUUUGCUCGCUUUUAUUCCCGUACAAACCCCCAAGGCCUUCGUAAGAGCAGCUUGGUUUAUACAGAGCUUUAAUGGGUAGGUGAUUUCUGAGGUUAGUUGGUUGCACAGGGGUUUUUCUUUCUUGUAAUAUUAGAGUUGAAUGAGGCCUGAUUACAAAUGCAAGUCAGAAAAACUGUGAAAGCUAUGCAACAAUUCCCUUCCCUUUCACAAUUAUUUGCUGCUUUGUGUUGUUUCUACUGGGAGAAAAGAAAUGUGGUUGUAUCGAGACGUAAUGUUGAAAAGUUAUGCCCUCCAUACACACUGUUUUAGUAAAUGUUGGGUUUGUUUAUCUUAAAGAGAUUUCAAUGUUUUAUUGUUAUUGGGCCCAGUCAUUCUUGAAGUCUCCGCUGCCGAGAUGGAGAAGCUAAUCGA